AUGAGCAGCCUGGUAUCGACCUAUCUGAAGCAGGGGCGGUGGGAUGAUGCUGAGAAGCUCCAGGUGCAGGUGAUGGAGACGAGUAGGACGAAAUUCGGCCAGGACCAUCCUGACACGCUGGCGAGUAUGGCUAGCCUGGCAUCGACCUAUUUGAAGCAGGGGCGGUGGAACGAGUCUGAGCUGCUCUUCGUCCAGGUGAUGGAGACAAGCAAGACCAAACUCGGCCAAGAUCAUCCUAAAACGCUAGUGAGCAUGAAUAACCUAGCAUCGACCUAUUUGAAGCAGGGGCGCUGGGAUGAGGCUGAGCUGCUCUUGGUGCAGGUGAUGGAGACAAGCAAGAAGACCAAACUCGGCCAGGACCAUCCUGACGCGCUGACGACUAUGAGUAGUUUGGCAUCGACCUAUUUGAAGCAGGGGCGGUGGGAUGAGGCUGAGCUCCUCUUCGUGCAGGUGAUGGAGACGAGCAAGACCAAACUCGGCGAGGACCAUCCUGACACGCUGGCGAGUAUGGGUAGCCUAGCAUCGACCUAUUCAAGCCAGGGGCGAUGGAAUGACGCUGAGCAGCUCCAAGUGCAGGUGAUGGAGACAAGCAAGGCCAAAUUCGGCCAGGACCAUCCUGACACGCUAGCCAUCAUGAAUAACCUAGCGUUCACCUAUUUGAGGCAGGGGCGAUGGGCUGAGGCUGAGCAGCUCCAGGUGCAGGUGAUGGAGACAAGCAAGACCAAACUCGGCCAGGACCAUCCGGAAACUCUAGAAAGCAUGAGUAUCCUGGCGUUGACCUAUUCGAACCAAGGCCGAUGGGAGGAGUCCGAGCAGCUCCAGGUGCAGGCGAUGGAGACAUGCAAGACCAAACUCGGCCAGGACCAUCCUGACACGCUAGCGAGCAUGAAUAACCUAGCGUUAACCUAUUCGAACCAAGGCCGAUGGGAUGAGGCUGAGCAGCUCCAGGUGCAGGCGAUGGAGACGAGCAAGACCAAACUCGGCGAGGACCAUCCUAACGUGCUGAUGAAGAUGGGCAGCCUGGCGUUAACCUACUCGAACCAAAGCCGAUGGGACGAGGCUGAGCAGCUCCAGGUGCAGGUGAUGGAGACAAGCAAGACCAAACUCGGCCAAGAUCAUCCGGACACGCUGGCGAGCAUGAAUAACCUGGCGUUAACCUAUUCGAACCAAGGCCGAUGGGAUGAGGCGGAGCAGCUCUUCGUGCAGGUGAUGGAGAUAAGCAAGACAAAACUCGGCGAGGACCAUCGUGACAGGCUGACGACUAUGGGUAGCCUAGCAUCAACCUAUUUGAAGCAGAGGCGGUGGGAUGAGGCUGAACAGCUCUUCGUGCAGUUGAUGGAGACAAGCAAGACGAAACUCGGCCAAGAUCAUCCUCACACAUUGAUGAGCAUGAAUAACCUGGCAGUGACCUAUUCGUGCCAGGGCCGAUGGGAUGAGGCCGAGCAGAUUCAAUUGCAGGUGAUGGAGACUUGCAAGACGAAGCUCGGUGAAAACCAUCCCGAUACACUCUCGAGUAUGGCCAACCUAGAGACAAUACAAAGAAGAAGAAGAAGGAACGGAGCCGGUGGUUGGGCUUCGAGAAGCUUGGCGAAGAUUUUUUCAAGACUAUUAUCAUAA